UUUCAGCCUUAAAGACUUUGACCAUGGAAUUUGUCCAACGAAUGCCUCUUCAACCCUCAAAUUCCAACUGAAAUGUCACUUGCAGAGGUGAACCUGGGUUGGUAGAGUGGGGCACAAUCCCACAGGGUGUGAGGGAUCCACCCAGUCAGCCACUGUGAUGCAAACUGAUCCACAGGCACCACUGUUACUCUUUCAAAGAUGGAGGAUACUCAAUGACUCCACCCUGCGACUUCAAGGUGCAAAGCACUCUCCUCCCUCACCAUCUGGGAGGGAACGCUGUGCUGGUGAAGCUUUUAAUCAGCUUGCAGCCUCACUUGGACCCUCAAGUGUGCUCAUAUAAAUAAAAAAUUGUAAGAAUCCGAAAAGAUAAAAAGGGGAAUUAAAUGCCACUUGGGGCCAACUGGGCCCUGAUCAUGGAGGAGGUCGCCCCAGCUCUCAUAAGCUUCACAUUGUCGCUGCACCCAGGGUCACAGAGCACGCGCAGGCCCUCCCCUCCCACUUCCGGAGGACUCGCCAACCACCGCACAGGCUGAGCCCCAGACAGGAAGGCGCUCACUUGGUGGGGUGGGGGGUCUGAGACCUUCCUCCCGGUGCUCAGUGAGUCCUACAAACCCCCCUGGCCAGGGUCACAGAUCUGUCUGCACCAGAGCAGUCUGCCAGCCAGCAGCAUCAUCUGGAAACUUAGGGAAGAAACCAGAUCUACUGAAUCAGAAACUGGGGAAGUGGCCCAGGCAAUCUUUUACCAGCACCUCCAGGUGAUUAUAAUGCAAGAUGCUAAUUGCAUCUGCAGUCUGUCCAAUAGGGAAACAGAAAGGAAACUCUCCACAGGCUUCUAAGCCCUGAAGGGGCCAGAUUCAGAACUCUCAGGUGAACAGAGAGGCUGUGCUGUGUUGCCCGUUCUUACUCGAACCAAGAAGGACGCCAUUGACCUGCCAAAGCAGGAGAAGCCAUUCUUACCACCUCGGCAAUGCUGCUGAGGGAACCACUCUUCACAUCUGGAAAUUUAAGCGCACCUCCAGAAUACUCACAGAGCCUGGACCCAAGUGGAGAUUUGGCGUAAGGAGAGCACCCCUCGGAACACAAAAGCAGUUGAUGACAACUGCCUUCUUGUUGUGUUGAAAGUCACACUCUGGAGUAUUUCACGCGGUCAUUAUUUUCCAUUGCCUCUUGUAACUGUGGCUUUUUCUGAGAAAGACCACGAAAGAGCCCAGCUUGAAUUUCAGUAAAGGAGGAUCUGGUGCCAAGGGAUCAGCCGGUGCCCUGGGCCCGCCCUCCCACUGGAGCUGCUUCUAGAGCCAAAGGCAAAAAAACAGACACAGGCCUGUGAAGUGCUUGCAGGAGAGAGAACACAGAGGAGGCACCGGCUUCUCACCUUCCCUCCUUCCCGGAGGAUCACACCUUCUGAAGGGAGUCUCCCCACGCAGAUCCCUCCCUGCACCAUGGCCGUCACAGCAUCCCUGGCUGAGCUCCAAGCAGAGGCCAGCUGCCCCAUCUGCCUGGGUUACCUGAAGGACCCAGUCACCACUCACUGUGGGCACAACUUCUGUCGCUCCUGCAUCCACCAGUGCUGGGAAGACCUACAGGACAUCUUCCCCUGUCCCGUCUGCCUCCACCACUGCCCUGAAGAGAACCUCAGGAGCAACACCCAAUUUCGCCACAUGACUGAUGUGGUUCAGCAGCUUCCCGCCAUGAGGAGGAAGAGGAAAGUGCAGGAGGAGGAGGAGCCCCUGUGUGGGAAGCACUGUCUGCGUCUGGCCCUGUUCUGUGAGAAGGACCUGGAGCUGUUGUGUCCCCAGUGCAGGGUCUCCUCUGACCACCAGCAUCACCCCCUGCUGCCCAUUGAGCAAGCUGCAGCCAGAAACAGGAGAAAGCUCAAAAGCUACAUUCAGCCACUAAAGGAGAAAAUUGAAGAUGCCAAGAUGCGACGUGAAGCGACAAUGUUGAAAUCUGUCAAUGAGAAAAGGAAGAUGGAAACAUGGAGGAAGGAAUUACAGUCUGAAUUUGAAGAAAUUAAGAUAUCCUUGGUAAAGGAACAAGCUGCAAUUUGUGCCUCUUUACUUGUUGAAGAGCACGACGCUGAAGAAAAACUCGCUGAAAACCAAAGACAAAUUUCAGAGCAUUUACUUGUACUCCAAAACCUGCUAAAUGCAGUAACAGAGAAGGGAUUUCAGGGAGACCUGGAUGUGCUGACAGGUACUGAGAACAUCUACAACACAUAUGAAAACCUGAAAGCCCCUGCCGUCUUCUCACAUGAAUUCAGGAAGAAGAGUUUGGGGCUCCCUCCACAUUAUUUUGGCCUCCACAGAAUGAUGAGCACAUUUCAGGAAGAUUUGACGCUAGACCCGGAAACAGCCCACCCUAGUCUUAUUAUCUCAGGAGACAGAAAAAGCGUGAUAUUUUGUAGGAUGAAUCCAGGCUUUACUGAUAAUCCUCAGUCGUUUUGCUUUUACCCAGCAGUCCGGAGCCGUGAGGGCUUUGAUGCUGGGAGACAUUUUUGGCACGUAGAAGUGAGAGGCACAGGUGCGUGGUCCCUUGGUGUUUGUAAAGAAACAUUUCCCAGAGAUGGCCUGAGAUCGCCAACCCCACAGAUGGGGUGCUGGGAAAUUCAGCCAUUCUGUAGUUCAUGCAGUACAAGGAAUACAGAAGUCCAGCAAAUGGGCAUUUUUCUGGACUAUGAGUUGGGAGAGGUUUCAUUUUAUAAUUUAAAAACCAGAUCACAUGUGUACACUUUCACUGAUAAGUUUACAGAAAAGCUUGUGCCUUAUUUCUCUGUUGACCCUUCUUCCCAAGCUGUCACAAUCAAUAUUGUCAUAGACCAGUGAUGGGCUCCUUAGAGAGCCCUUUGCAUGUGGCUAUCUUUUCUUUUUGUGUUGUUGGAGGACAUUUGUAAUAAAGUCUGUUAUUCCAUGUUUAUG